AUGGCGGUCGCGCUCUCAGCAUCAUCUCCUCCGCUCGGACUCCGUCGCAGUUCUCGAACAAGCUGUUCGCUCUUCGCGAAGCCCACCGCACAGAGAGCCAAGCGGAACCUUCUGGAUCUGAUAUCCGACCAGGAUCGAGGCCUGAGAACCCAGAAAGACGCGGCGAAGCGAGAUGCAAUCGUGGAUGCGAUCGAAUCCAUGGCGGUAAUCGGGCGCGGCUCAACCACCACAGGAGAAUCGCUCUCCGCCACGUGGAGACUGCUGUGGACGACGGAGAAGGAGCAGCUAUUCAUCAUAGAGAAGGCCGGCUUGUUCGGCACUCGCACCGGAGACGUUCUUCAGGUGAUCGAUGUGAAGAAACGGUCUCUGAACAACGUCAUCACUUUCCCUCCCGACGGCGUUUUCUUCGUACGCUCCGAUAUCGACAUUGCUUCUCCGCAGAGAGUCAAUUUCAGGUUUUAA